AUGAUUGAUACGCAUUAUAACGCUGGGGGGCGACACCAUCGGAGGAACGUUCGUGUUGGCGGGUAUUACAAUCAUCACUUUCCUGCCUCGACGACUUCGACGACGACUCCGGUGAAGAAACGACGCAAUGACAAUAACAACACUAAUAAUAAUAACAAGAGAGGACAGAUGAAGCGCUUUCUCGAAAGUUUGCAAAUGCUCGCGCUCGUUCUCGUGUUUUGUUUGUUCACGUUGCACUACGGGAAAGCGCUGCCGAAAUUAUUCAGACAUCCACACUUCAAGCACGUGAUUAUUAUCGACGCCGGGAGUACGGGGACGAGGUGUCACGUGUUUCGCGUCGCAGCCACGAGUAGCGUUACGACAACGACGUAUGGGAAAGACGCGAGCGUGACGCCAAAGUUGAUUUUGCCAACGAAAUCGUUUAAAACGACGCCAGGUCUCUCGGCGAGAGCUUUGGAUCCGAGCGGCAUCGACGCCGCGUUGCGGCCUUUGUUGAACUUCGCCAGAGAGUCUGUCCCGAUGGAGAAUUGGAAAGAGACGCAGAUACAUUUGAUGGCAACCGCGGGUUUGAGGCAUAUUGAGCAGCAUUUAUCGGAAUCGAUUAUCGAUGCUUGCAGAGAAACCUUGAGAGAAUCACCGUUCUCGUUUGAAAAAGACGAGUGGGCGAGCGUGUUGCCGGGGACGAAGGAAGCGUCAUACGGGUGGACGGCGGUGAAUUACGCGUUUAACGCGUUAUCACCGGAGAAAACACCAAAAGAGACGUACGGAGUUUUGGAACUUGGAGGUGCGAGUAUGCAAGUCACGUAUGCGGUUCCGCACGCGACAGCCAAGAACGUGGUGCAGAAGAAACACAAGGAAACGGUCAGAGUAGGCAAUUCGGUCAAACAUUUAUACGCGUCGAGUUUACUCGGUUUAGGACACGAGGCGGCGCGAGCAGAGUAUCACGCGAUGUUGCGAAGAGAGUAUGAAACAACUGGGGAGAAACCGAAUAACCCGUGCACGAAUAGAGGAUGGACGCCGCAAACUACCGUGCAACACGGUGAAGCAUUAGCCGUAGGCGCAGGGCCGUCGAAACCUACGGGUAAUUUCACGGCGUGUUACGCAAUGACGAAAAAACUGUUAGGGUUAGCAGAGAACACAAAGGAUUGUCCUAGAACUCCGUGUGGGAUGCGUAAAGAGCACUUACCUCCGUUCGACGGUAAGUUUUUAGCGACUGAGAAUUUCCAUUACACCGCGGAGUUUUUCAAAUUAGGCAAAACGACGACGAUUAGGGAUUUCCAACGCGCCGGGGAGAAGUUAUGCGCAGAGUCGUGGGGAGAUGUAGUGAAAAAGAGGUUUAGAAAGGACCAGAAGAAAUGGGAAGAAAUCGACUUGUCGAAAUAUUGCUUCAGCGCCGCCUUCAUCGUAGCCAUGUUGAAAGAUGGUAUGCUUUUGCCUGAGGAUUUGAAGUUUACGGUGGGCAACAAUGUGGGACGAUACAACGUGGACUGGGCGAUGGGGGCGGCCAUUAACAUCAUCUCAUCUAAGAUAGCCGUGGCGAGUAUUUUAACCCCAGAUAAUAGUGUUGGUAGGAGUGCCAGUGCCUCUGCGAGCGAUAUAGCUGCCGCUGCAGGUCUCGCUCCUUCGUCUGCUUCCUCCCACACGCACGAGGCAAACGAUAUGUUCUGGUGGUGCGUGUAUAUUCUCGCCGGUUUCUUCGGAUGCUCGAAAUUUGUAUUCUCCGGCGUGUGGGAGAUGCUUUACUUUAAGAGGUGGUCUGCGCCGAAACGGAAGCCGGUCACUGAGUAG